CCAUCGUCCUCGAUUCAACCCUUUCGGCCGUACACUUUUUUCAGAGCAACAAUGGCCCGCGGGACCUUCAAGCAGAAGCGUGGUGGAGGCCGAAACUUUAGCCGGCACCUUGAGCUCAAUGAGGAAGGCACCGCAGUCGCAGUAGACAAAUGGGGCAGACGCGAGAAGGAGGAGGAAGAGGAGAGCGACGACGAGGAGGAAGAGUCCGAUGAAGAAGAGGAGGAAGAGUCCGAGGAGGAGGGUACGCCUCAGCAAGUCGAGCUGACUCGUGCGCAACGCAAGGAGCUCAAGAAGAAGAAGAAAGAAGCCGCCACUAAGGCCGAAGAGGACCAAGACGAAGACGGCGCAGAACCCUUGGUGGCGAACCCUAAUAUUGCAAGCGGAAAGCAGAGAAGUCUUGCUUCGCUCGAUGCCCCCCAAGAGCUCUCUCGCAGAGAGAGGGAGGAGAAGGAGGCCAAAGAGAAGAAGGAGCGCUACUGGAAGCUGCACGAACAAGGCAAGACCGAGCAAGCUCAGGCAGACCUCGCCCGCCUUGCCAAGAUCCGCGCAGAGCGCGAAGCGGCUGCUGCUAAGCGUAAGGCUGAAGCUGAAGCCAAAGCUGCAGAAACGGAGACGAAGCGGAAGGAGGCUAUGUCGAAGAGAAAGGCCUAAUUUGUCUUCAGUGCCUGCCCUCUGUAUUACUAGGUUUCCCGUGUAAGAUUAACAUCAUCGGAUCUCGUUAUUGGCCACUGC